AUGACGCUGAAGCUAACAUUGGAUGCUUCACAGGAUCUUCCUAUACUUCACAGUAGUUAUACAAGAGGCUUGCCUGGGUUACCACCUCUGCCUCCUAACCACUGUAGCGAAGCUUCAGAAUUAUAUAAGACGGUAUUGCGUCAUAGUCGUCAUCCUCCCAUAAUGCAAGAUAUCUCAUGGCCUUUGGCCAUUCCAUUCAAAGAGCAACGCUACUACAGAAGUCCAAGUGAAUCAAUUGGCAAUAACUACACUCCAACAGCGAGCAACCUGAAGAUAAAAGAUUUGAAACACGCAUCCCGGGCAGACAAAACAGCUACUGCAAUGCCAGCUUGUGCAAUGAGAUAUUAUUCCACAAAAGCACAACAGCCUGCUCUGAAGAAACGAAAACUUUCACUGAGAAGCAAGAUCACUGAUGAAAGAGAUUCAAAAAGUUGGCCUAGAGGCUCAGGUCCUCCAGGAACCUCAGGACCAACACCUUCAACAAUGGAGGAAAUUCCUGGAAGCCGACCAAUGACACCGGUGGAACAAAUUAACUUAAUUCUUGAGCAAGAGGAAGAGAUUACUCAACUGGAAGGACUGCCUUCUGAUAGAGAUUAUGAGAGAUAUAUCUACUACAUUGACCAUGGCAUCCUGCCUGAUAUGAUUGAACCACAAAAGUCGGAACAGAUAGACCGAAUAGAACAACUUCUGCCAAAGGAGCUUAAAGGUGUUCCUAAUUUGCAAGAGCUACACCUUGAAUUGCUUGAGGAGGUUCAUAAUGACUACGACACCAGCCUUAGGAAAGCCAUUGUUAACUACAUCUUAAAAGAUCCUUCUGAACGGAUGCGACUUUUUGUCUCUUCUGUCCCUCGGCCUUUUCCUCAUCGAGUAAUUCGUGCUCCAGUUCCUUGGCACAGUGCGUACCGUAAAGCUAAGGCUUGGAAUGAGUCUCACCUCUUCAUUGUCAAUCCAAUGAUGACUUUACUUCAGGACCUCUGGUACACAAAGUUCGAUAAUAUCCGAUUUGUUCAACUGAAGGAAAUAAAAAAAGAAAAUCUUCCUAUGCUCCCUCAGGAGUUUGAAGAUCUUGUGAAGAAGCAGUGUGCAGAGACUCGGAGCAUUCUCGAAAACAUAUGGGUCCCUACCUGCGCUACCCUCUUCCUUACCCAUAAAGACAAGUGGAUGCAUCUGGUGCCACAGAAUGAUUGUGAUUCUACUCAACGGGUUAAGGAAUUCUUUGCGUGUGCUGCCUCUAUCAUGUCUUUGCAACUGAGAGAGCUUGUUUUCAAUUCUUUGGAAGAUCUCCUCUCAUUUUUUACCAUGCACAAGGACGGAAAUGAUUUUGGAGGAGAAUACAAUGAGAUGCAAUAUGUUUGGCCACAAGUCAUGAUCCUUAAACUGAAAAUAGAAGAACCUAAAAUUAUUUUUGAUCCAACCCUCGAUGAGUGCUGGGAUCUAAUUAAUCGAUGCUUCCUGGAAAUUCUUAAAAGCGCUCAUGGAAUUCUUAAGGUGGAAUGUGAACUCUUUCCUGACAUUCGAGAAAAAAAUCUCACCAUCCACACUGUAAAAAAAGAGGAAUCCUUAGUCAGCAAGAUUAUCAACAAAGCACAGGAAAUUUUCAGAGCAAAUAUCAUUGGGCCACAAAGCUACCUAAAUGUGUACAAAGUAUACAGUGAUCUUUUGAACACUAAAGCAGAGCAAGAAAUUACUACUUUCCUGUCAGAGAAACAUUCAAUGGAGGCAUUCAUAACAAAAAUAGAGGCUUUACAAAAACUCUGCGAUGAAAUAGCUUUAAUGCACGUCACUGUGCCUCUUGCUAUGUUUUGCCUGGAUGCUGUCAGCCUGAAUGCAGACCUCUGCGCUCGGAGUAUGAAAUUGAAGGAAACUUUAAUUGAGUCUGUGGUGAAGGAAAAUCGGAAUCUCAACAUGAGUAUUUGCCAGCGCUAUGAAGAGAUAUCUGAUCGGAUCAGCGAAAUCCCUGAGACCACAGAGGAACUGGUGGAUCUUGACACUUUCGUGAAAAAAUCCAGUGAGGUCACUAUUACUAAACUGAAAGAAGAAAUCUUUGAAGCAGCAGACAGACUGGACUUUUUGCUGGGCUAUGCCACGCUAUCAGAUGAUGAUAUAAGGUUGAACAGUCAGGUCUUCAACUGGCCAGAACAAAUUGUAUUGAUGUUGGACUUGCAUCGGGAUCGGCUACUGAGCAAGAGAGAUGAUGUAGAAGAAGAUCUGAGGAACCGAUUCUUUUUCUUGUCCAAUGAUGAACUGCUUGAGAUUCUCUCAGAAACCAAAGACCCGCUUCGGGUUCAGCCACACCUGAAGAAGUGCUUUGAAGGGAUCGCGAAACUUCAGUUCACUGAUCAGCUUCAAAUCACAGGGAUGAUCAGUUCCGAAAAUGAAAUUGUUCCAAUUGUUAAACUGAUCAACCCAGCUAAAGCAAAGGGUAUGGUGGAGAAAUGGCUUUUGCAAGUUGAAGAAAUGAUGCUUAGCAGCAUUAAGCAUGUUAUUAAAGAAGGCAUUUCCAACUAUGUUCAGCUUCCACGUAACAAAUGGGUUCUUCAGUGGCCUGGACAGGUGGUGAUAUCAGUGUCGACAGUCUAUUGGACCAGUGAAGUUUCUGAGGCAAUAAGAGAUGGAACCUUGCCAGAAUAUCUAAAGAAAAGCAAUGAUCAAAUCAAUGAAAUUGUGGAGCUAGUGCGUGGAAAGCUAUCAAGUGGAGAACGCAUGACCCUGGGAGCCCUGACGGUUAUUGAUGUGCAUGCCCGUGAUGUGGUUUCUGAACUAGCAGAUGCUAAGGUAGCAAGCCUCAAUGAUUUUAUGUGGAUUUCCCAGCUGAGGUACUACUGGGAAGAGAAUGAUGUUAUUGUGCGAAUGAUCACCACUGUUCUGACCUAUGGCUAUGAAUACCUGGGUAAUUCUGCAAGACUCGUCAUAACACCUCUCACUGAUCGAUGCUACAGGACAUUAAUGGGAGCCUUAAAGUUAAAUCUUGGUGGCGCACCAGAGGGACCUGCUGGUACUGGUAAAACAGAAACUACAAAGGAUUUAGCAAAAGCUGUAGCCAAGCAGUGCGUGGUUUUCAACUGCUCUGAUGGUCUGGACUACAAAGCCAUGGGGAAAUUUUUCAAGGGUCUUGCUCAGUCUGGGGCUUGGGCUUGCUUUGAUGAGUUCAACCGAAUAGAGGUGGAAGUGCUUUCUGUAGUUGCACAACAGAUUCUCAGUAUCCAACAAGCAAUUAUACGUCAUCUCAAAACAUUUCACUUUGAGGGAACAGAGCUUUCUCUCAAUCCAACCUGCUCAGUCUUCAUUACCAUGAACCCUGGGUAUGCAGGACGAGCUGAACUUCCUGACAACCUUAAGGCACUAUUUCGUACAGUUGCUAUGAUGGUCCCAGACUAUGCUCUGAUUGGUGAAAUUUCUCUUUACUCCAUGGGAUUCAUUGACUCGCGAAGUCUCUCCCAGAAGAUUGUAGCCACCUACCGCCUGUGUUCUGAACAAUUAUCAUCACAGCAUCACUAUGAUUAUGGGAUGCGUGCAGUGAAGUCAGUCCUGACAGCAGCUGGAAAUUUGAAGUUGAAUUUCCCGCAAGAAAAUGAGAGUGUUCUGCUGUUACAAGCCUUGAUGGAUGUGAACUUGGCGAAAUUUUUGUCCCAGGAUGUACCACUAUUUCAGGGAAUUAUAUCUGACUUGUUCCCUGGUGUGGACCUCCCGGUCCCAGAACGUGAGGUUUUCCUCCAUGCGUUAAAGACCAACAUCAAGAAAAUGAAACUUCAGCCUGUUCCCUGGUUUAUUGAGAAGAUUAUCCAGAUUUAUGAGAUGAUGCUCGUACGUCAUGGAUUUAUGAUUGUUGGUGAUCCUUUGGGCGGUAAAACCUGUGCCUUCAAAGUAUUGGCAGCAGCACUUGGUGAUCUGUAUGCAGGUCAACUGAUGAAUGAGUACGCUGUAGAAUAUGCUAUAAUUAACCCGAAGGCUGUGACCAUGGGCCAGCUGUAUGGUUGCUUUGAUCCUGUAAGCCAUGAGUGGACAGAUGGGAUCCUCGCCACAACCUUCCGUGCGCAUGCAACGUCUGCCACCAACAUGAGAAAGUGGAUUGUAUUUGAUGGACCUGUUGAUGCUGUUUGGAUUGAAAAUAUGAAUACAGUGUUAGAUGAUAACAAGAAGUUGUGUUUGAUGAGUGGUGAAAUUAUCCAGAUGAGCUCUAAAAUGAAUUUAAUAUUUGAGCCAGCGGAUUUGGAACAGGCUUCCCCAGCGACUGUCAGCAGAUGUGGUAUGAUUUACCUGGAACCCCAUCAGCUGGGCUGGACACCAUUGAAAGAUUCUUACAUGGAUACCCUGCCAGCCACCGUUACCGCUGAGCACAAAGAACUGAUCAAUGACAUGUUCCACUGGCUCAUUCAGCCUUGUUUGGAUUUUACCCGGCUGCACUGCAAGUUCUUUGUGCAGACUUCUCCAAUGCACCUGGCCUAUUGUAUGAUGAGGCUUUAUUCUUGUUUAAUAGAUGAAAUAGCUCAGUCAGGAAAAGAGGAUAAUGAAGAAAUGUCAAGCCAGCAAAUCACCCUCUGGCUGCAGGGUCUAUUCCUCUUUGCCACCGUGUGGGCUAUCGGUGCCACAAUCAACGGGGAAAGCCGCAAGAAGUUUGAUGUUUUCUUCCGUAAUCUGAUUUUGGGAAUGGAUGACCACAACCCACGUCCAAAGAGUGUCAAACUUACAAAAAACAAUAUAUUCCCAGAGAGAGGAAGCGUCUACGAUUAUUAUUUCAAAAAGACAGGUAGUGGUCAGUGGACAGUGUGGACUGAUUACAUCACAAAAGACCAAGACAUCCCUGCUGGUGCCAAGGUUUCAGAUCUUAUUAUUCCUACCAUGGAAACUGCCAGGCAGAGUUUUUUCUUACACACUUAUAUCUCACACAAAGUACCUUUGCUGUUGCUGGGACCCACUGGCACAGGUAAAUCUGCCAUCACGAACAACUUCCUCAUGCAUUUGCCCAAAGAGCAUUACAUUCCCAACUGCAUCAGCCUCUCCGCCAGAACAUCAGCCAACCAAACGCAAGACAUUAUAAUGUCCAAACUGGACAGGAGGAGGAAAGGUGUUUAUGGCCCACCUGUGGGAAAGGAAUCCAUUGUCUUUGUAGAUGAUCUGAAUAUGCCUGCAAAAGAAAUCUAUGGAGCCCAACCACCAAUUGAGCUCCUUCGACAGUGGAUAGAUCAUGGUCACUGGUAUGAUCGGAAAGAUACGUCAAAGCUGACCAUCAUAAAUGUACUGUUUAUUUCAGCAAUGGGGCCUCCUGGUGGAGGGAGGAAUGACAUAACAGGCCGUUUCACUCGCCAUCUCAAUAUCAUCUCCAUUGAUUCAUUUGAUGAUGAUACUAUGAUGAAGAUUUUCACUUCCAUUUCUGAUUGGCACUUUGCGAAAGGAUUUGAAAACACCUUUCUACGGUUGGGUAAGAUGAUGGUACAAGCUACCAUGGCAGUUUAUAAAGCUGCAGUGGACAAUUUUCUUCCAACCCCUUCCAAAUCUCAUUAUGUGUUCAAUCUGCGAGAUUUCUCUCGCGUGAUUAAAGGAGUGCUGUUGUGUCCGAAUACCCAUCUGAAGGAGGGAGAUAAAUUGAUUCGUCUCUGGAUUCACGAAGUUUACAGGGUUUUUUAUGACAGAUUGAUUGCAGACGAUGAUAGACAGACAUUUUUCCAAAUAAUCAAACAAACCACCUCAAAUUUCUUCAAACAGAGUGUUGAUAAGGUUUUGAGCCAUUUGACUCCAUCGGGAAAGGUUACCGAUGACAAUAUUCGCAGUCUAUUUUUCGGAGAUUUUCUAAAGCCAGAUUCUAGUGUAAAGGCUUAUGAUGAGAUUGUAGACUUAAAACAACUUACAUCAGUGAUGGAAUAUUAUCUAUCAGAAUAUAACAAUGUCAGUAAAGCUCCAAUGGCUCUGGUCAUGUUCAGGUUUGCCAUUGAGCACAUCUCGAGAAUAUGCAGAGUGCUAAAACAGGACAACGGCCACUUGCUUCUAGUUGGUGUUGGUGGGAGUGGCAGACAGAGUGCUACAAAACUGUCCACUUUCAUGAAUGAGUUCAACUUCUUCCAAAUUGAAAUCACAAAGAACUAUGGCAAAAGUGAAUGGAGAGAUGAUAUUAAACGGAUAAUGAUCAAGACUGGAGUUGAUGGCAAACAGACUGUCUUUAUGUUUAGUGAUAGUCAAAUUAAAGAUGAGUCAUUUGUGGAAGACAUCAACAUGUUGUUGAACACAGGAGAUGUACCCAAUAUCUUCCCGGCAGAUGAGAAAGCUGAACUCCUUGAAAAGAUGCAAAGUGUUGCCAGGACUGAUGGAAAGAGAAUUGAGGCCACUCCACUGUCAUUAUAUAAUUACUUUAUUGAAAAAGUAAAAGCUAAUCUACACGUUGUAUUAGUCAUGAGUCCAAUUGGAGACGCCUUCCGGAAUCGUCUGCGAAUGUUCCCAUCACUUAUAAAUUGCUGCACCAUUGACUGGUUCAAGGUUUGGCCAAGUGAUGCUUUAGAAAUGGUGGCACACAAAUUCUUGGAAGAUGUAGAAUUGGACUAUGAAGUCAGGAAAGAAGUUGUUGGACUCUGCAAGUAUUUCCAAGAGAGUGCAAGAACUCUUUCAACUAAAUAUUUCUCCACAUUGCGAAGAUAUAACUAUGUGACGCCUACUUCUUACCUGGAGUUAAUCCUGACCUUUAAAGUUCUGCUCAAUAAAAAGAGACAUGAAGUUGACCUGAUGAGAAACCGUUAUCUUGUUGGUUUAGAGAAACUAGAGUUUGCAUCUUCACAAGUGUCUGUAAUGCAAAAGGAGCUAACAGACCUGCAGCCAGAGUUGAUUAAAACUUCUGCUGAGACUGACAAGAUGAUGAUAAAAAUCGAGGAGGAAACAGUUGAGGUUGAUGCCAAAAGAGAGUUGGUGGCAGCAGAUGAAGCUGUGGCCAAUGAGGCUGCAGCAGCUGCACAAGAAAUUAAGGAUGAAUGUGAAGGAGAUCUUGCAGAAGCCAUGCCCGCACUUGAAGCUGCUGUAGCUGCUCUGGAUACCCUGAAGCCUGCUGAUAUCACAGUUGUGAAGACAAUGCAAAAUCCACCGGGCCCCAUAAAGUUGGUGAUGGAAAGUAUCUGUGUGAUAAAAGGGAUCAAACCAGAACGAAAACCAGAUCCGACUGGAUCAGGUAAAAUGAUUGAGGAUUACUGGGGCCCAUCUAAGAAACUUCUUGGUGACCUUAAAUUCCUGGAAAGCCUGAAGACGUUUGACAAGGACAACAUUCCACCUGCUAUCAUGAAGAGAAUCAGGGAAAGGUUUAUAGAUCACCCAGACUUUCAACCGUCUGUUAUUAAAAAUGUAUCAUCUGCCUGUGAGGGCUUGUGUAAAUGGGUCAGAGCCAUGGAAGUGUACGAACGUGUCAUCAAGGUGGUUGGUCCAAAACGUGAGCGACUGAGAAUAGCCGAAGAGGAAUUUGCUGUCCAGAUGGAAAUGUUGAAUGUGAAACGUGGAGAAUUGAAAGCUUUGGAGGACAAGCUACAGGCAUUGAAUGAUGACUUUGAAGUUAUGAAUAACAGAAAGAAGGACUUAGAAGACAACAUAGAGCUGUGCUCACAGAAACUGGUACGUGCUGAAAAGCUGAUUGGUGGACUUGGUGGAGAAAAGGACAGGUGGACUGAAGCUGCCCGACUUUUAGGAAUUACAUAUAAAGAUCUAACUGGUGAUGUGCUUCUGUCUUCGGGCACUGUAGCCUAUUUAGGAGCCUUCACAGUGGAUUAUCGUCAUGAAUGCCAAAGUGAGUGGCACAUCCUGUGUAAGGAGAAAUUAAUCCCUUGUUCGGAUGAAUUUUCCCUGAGUGGCAUAUUAGGAGACCCUGUGAAAAUCCGUGCUUGGCAAAUUGCUGGGCUGCCAGUUGAUGCUUUUUCUAUUGACAAUGGGAUAAUUAUAUCAAACUCAAGAAGGUGGCCCUUAAUGAUUGAUCCUCAAGGUCAAGCAAAUAAAUGGGUCAAAAAUAUGGAGAAAAACAACAGACUAGGAGUAAUAAAAUUAUCAGACUCUAACUACGUAAGGACUUUGGAAAAUGCCAUCCAGUUUGGCACUCCACUGUUGUUGGAAAACAUUGCUGAAGAACUGGAUCCCAUGCUUGAACCAGUUCUGCUGAAACAAACCUAUAAACACCAGGGAGUCGAGGUCAUGAAGUUAGGGGAAAAUGUAAUUGAGUAUUCACAUGACUUUAAAUUCUACAUUACCACUCGUUUGAGAAACCCACAUUAUCUCCCAGAAGUAGCCGUAAAAGUUUGUCUUUUAAACUUCAUGAUUACACCCCUGGGGCUUGAAGACCAAUUGCUGGGGAUUGUAGCUGCCAAAGAAAAGCCCGAGUUAGAAGAAAAGAAAAACUUGUUGAUCUUGGAGAGUGCACAAAACAAAAAGCAACUCAAGGAGAUUGAGGACAAGAUUCUAGAAGUCUUGUCGUCAUCACAAGGAAAUAUCUUGGAAGAUGAAACUGCCAUUAAGGUGCUAUCUUCUUCGAAACUGCUUUCGGAGGAAAUAUCUGAAAAACAACAAAUUGCAACUGCAACGGAAAAGGAAAUAGACAUCACACGGAUGGGUUACAAGCCUGUUGCUGUACAUUCAUCUAUUGUUUUCUUUUGCAUCUCUGAUUUGGCUCACAUUGAACCAAUGUAUCAGUACUCACUGACCUGGUUCAUUAACUUGUACGUGCAGUCAAUUGCAAACAGUAGGAAGAGUGAAAACGUGGCUAAAAGAAUUUUAGCUAUAACUGAACACUUCACACUUAGUAUCUAUAACAAUGUCUGUCGUUCUCUGUUUGAAAAGGACAAACUACUUUUUUCACUGCUGCUUAAUGUGGGGAUAAUGAAGGGUAACGGAGAGAUCGAUGAAGAACUAUGGCGUUUUCUAUUAACUGGAGGUGUGGCUCUUGACAAUCCAUUUCCCAAUCCAGCUUCUGAAUGGCUAUCAGAAAAAAGCUGGUCAGAGAUUGUCCGGGCAUCUAGUUUGCCAAGCCUGGAAGGUCUAAUGGAUCAUGUGACUGAUAACAUAGUCAAGUGGAAAAACAUUUAUGAUUCUGCCAAACCUCAUGAAGAAACACUUCCAGAUAACUGGAGUUCUUUAAAAGGAAUGGAUCAUUUGAUUGUUAUCAGAUGCUUCCGACCAGACAAAAUUAUUCCAGCAGUGCAGCAAUUCAUUGCGGAUACAAUGGGAAAAACAUUCAUUGAACCUCCAACAUUUGACCUUGGUGGUAGUUACAAUGAUUCCCAUUGCUGUGCACCUUUGAUUUUUAUUCUUUCCCCUGGAGCUGAUCCCAUGGCAGGCUUGCUUAAGUUUGCAGAUGAUGUUGGCAUGGGUGGAGAAAACACACAAACAAUAUCACUUGGUCAAGGUCAGGGACCUAUCGCUGCACAAAUGAUUGAAAGUGGUAUUAUAAGUGGAUCCUGGGUCGUAUUACAGAACUGCCAUCUUGCAACUAGUUGGAUGCCCACUCUGGAGAAAAUCUGUGAGGAGGUGAUAAUACCAGAAAACACCCACAAGGAGUUCAGGUUGUGGCUGACCAGUUACCCAUCAGACAAGUUUCCUGUCAGUAUUCUUCAGAAUGGGGUCAAGAUGACAAACGAGCCUCCAAAGGGACUCAGGGCAAAUAUGCUCCGUUCAUAUCUCAACGAUCCAAUCUCAGAUGCUACUUUCUUCAAUAGCUGUGACAAACCUGAAAUCUGGGAAAAACUUCUAUUUGGGCUUUGCUUUUUCCAUGCUCUAGUACAAGAGAGGAGGAACUUUGGUCCUUUAGGUUGGAAUAUCCCUUAUGAAUUUAAUGAGUCUGAUCUGCGAAUAAGUACAAGACAGAUCCAGAUGUUUCUGAAUGAAUAUGAGGAGGUACCACUGGAAGCUCUAACAUACUUAACAGGUGAAUGUAACUAUGGAGGUAGAGUCACAGAUGACAAAGACAGACGUUUGCUUUUGUCUCUCCUAUCCAUUAUAUACAACAAGGACCUAAUACACCAAGACAAAUAUAAGCUUGCACCUGGCGAGAUUUACUAUGUCCCACCGCAUGGUCCUUAUCAGUCAUACGUUGACUACCUACGGGCUCUACCAACUGUGGCCCAUCCUGAGGUCUUUGGACUUCAUGAAAAUGCUGAUAUUACAAAAGAUAACCAGGAGACUAAUCAACUUUUUGAAGGGGUGUUACUAACUCUUCCCAGACAGAGUGGUGGUGCUGGUAAAUCACCUCAAGAGGUUGUUGAAGACUUGGCUGCAGACAUAAUGUCCAAACUACCUGAUGACUUUAAUUUGGAGGAUGUGAUGGCAAAAUAUCCAGUAGUGUAUGAGGAGUCGAUGAACACAGUCCUCAGACAAGAACUUAUCAGAUUCAACAGCAUUCCUGAUGCCAAGUUGAAGUGUAUGGAGCAGCAGGAGCAGCGACGGAGUGUCACUGGAAGGGGACUGCUUUAG